CAAUGGCACCCAUCGACGUACCCAGCUUUGCUGACAAGCAACUACAGCUCCUGGCUGCAGAACUGAAUGCCGAGCUCGAAGAAACCGCUCUGCUCACCGCCACACAUGCGCCGUCCACUCUCGCACGCGCCGGUCUGGCUGUCCUGAACCUCGCUGUCAGCGCUCAACGCACAGGUUUGGGUGGUAAGUCUCUGGUCGAGCUUUCUCUGGAUCCCGCCAUUGCCGGUACCGAGACUCAGCUCCCCGAACAUGGCUUGCGCGUGGGGGACAUCGUCGGUGUUUCCGAGCAGCCAAAGGGCGCAGAGAAGAAGAAAGAGCGCCAGGACAUGGAGAAGAAACAGAUACAGGGUGUGGUCGUCAAAGUCUUGAGGGAGAUCAUUGUUGUUGCUUUGGACAAGGAUGAAGUUGAUAUCCCAGGCGGAAAACUCUGGCUGUUUGUGAUCUCUGCAUGUUCGUCUUGGAGAAGAAUGCUGUUGGCUGAUAGGAUGAACCAAACCAUGACAAAGUUGUUGAAGAUGCCUGAGAGCGAACACUCAACGCUUAUGCGCGUUCUGUUUGGUCAGUCUUCGGCAGUCGCAGUCCAGCCUGCAGACAUGGCAAAGGACCUCGAAUGGUUGGACCCAUCUCUCAACGACUCGCAGAAGGAAGCCAUCAAGUUCGCACUCGCCUCUCCUGAGGUUGCCUUGAUCCACGGCCCGCCAGGCACAGGAAAAACUCACACGUUGAUUGAGUUGAUACGCCAAUGUCUGAAACAAGGUCUUAGACUUUUGGUCUGCGGACCCAGCAACAUCUCAGUCGACAACAUUGUUGAGAGGCUGUCACCACACAAAGUGCCAAUGGUCAGGCUUGGUCACCCAGCUCGUCUCUUGCCGGGAGUCUUGAACCACAGUCUCGACAUCUUGACACGUACGAGUGAUGCCGCUGAGCUGGUCAAAGAUAUCCGCAAUGAGAUGGAUGCUAAACAAGCAAGCAUACGCAAAACAAGAAAUGGCAGAGAGCGCAAGGCCAUAUAUGGCGAAAUCAAGGAGCUGCGCAAGGAUUACCGACAGCGUGAAGCUUCCUGCGUGAACAGUCUGGUCCGAGAAAGCAAAGUCGUCCUUGCUACACUACACGGCUCCGGUGGGUUUCACCUCAAGAAUCAAAAGUUUGAUGUUGUCGUCGUCGACGAAGCCAGUCAAGCUCUGGAAGCACAGUGCUGGGUGCCUCUGUUGAGCAGCGGCGCUAGCAAACUGGUCCUGGCUGGAGACCAUCUGCAACUCCCACCCACAAUCAAGAGCUUGAACUCCAAGUCAAUCAAGAACAAACCCAAGACAGGCCAGGAUGACGACGUCAAUCUAGAGACGACGCUCUCCGAUCGAAUGCUUGACCUCUAUGGAGAUAGUAUCAAGCGCAUGCUGACCAUCCAGUACCGAGAGAGCAAGAGCAACGAACUUGAAGCAGCCAUCGUCAAAAAGCACGUACAGAGCCUGGUCGAUGCUGGCGUCAAAGCAGAGGAUAUUGCUGUCGUCACACCAUACAACGGACAGCUUGCUGUGUUGUCACAACUGCUCAAGGAGAGGUUCAUUGGUAUCGAACUCGGAAGCAUCGAUGGUUUCCAAGGUAGAGAAAAGGAGGCUGUGGUUGUCAGCCUUGUCCGCAGCAAUGCAGAGCACGAAGUUGGCUUCCUCGCUGAAAAGCGAAGACUCAAUGUUGGCGAUUCCGAGACGGUAGGCCGAGGCAGCAAAUUCCUCAAGAGCUGGAUGGAGUUUCUCGAGGAGAAUGCAGACCUGCGCUAUCCGGAUCUGGACGACUUAUUGCGCGAGGAG